AUGACUUUGCAAUCGCUGCUGAAGCGCAUUGAGCUGCCCCACGGCUCACGGUGGAUUAAUGACGACUUGCGCCCGAUUGAGACUGAGAGACGCACAUGGAAUUUUCUUACUUUCCACAACUAUUGGCUGCUCAUCAAUUGCAACAUCGCGACCUUCCUCACCGGCAGUGCUCUGAUACCACUUGGUCUGACCUGGUGGCAGGCCAUCAUUGCCAUUGUUAUCGGGAACAUUCUUGCCACCACUGCGCUUGUCCUCAGCUCCCUUGCCGGGGCCUAUUACCACGUUGGCUUCUCUGUCUAUAGUCGAGCAGUAUGGGGUGUCUGGGGCUCCCAGUUUGUCAUUUGGAACAGAGUUUUCCUUGCACUCGUUUGGUAUGGCUUUCAAUCAUGGGUUGGCGGCGAGUGCGUAUACUUGAUUCUGCUUUCUUGGGAUCCAAAUUAUGAGCAACGGAUCCCAAACACGAUACCCGCUGAGACAGGCAUGACUUCGGCCCAGUUUCUCGCUUACUUCAUUUUUUCCAUCAUCAGUCUCCCGACCCUCUGUAUCAGACCUCAUCGCCUUCAGAACUUCUUCUAUUUCGCCAGCGCAGUGACGUUGGUCUUCUUCAUUGUCCUCCUUAUCUGGGCUCUGGCUACCAUGGGCCCCUCAGGAUUCGGAAGCACACUUGACUCGACUGCCACUCUACCUGUUACAGGCGGGCCCUACAGCACCGUUUGGUUGAUGAUUUCGGGCAUCAUGUCCACUGUCGGCUCCAUCGCUGCCGGCAUUCUUAACCAGAAUGACUACGCUCGUUUCGCCCGCAAGCCCCGCGAUGCCAUCUGGGGCCAAGUUCUUCCUUACCCUCUGUACAGUAUCUUUGCCUCAGUUCUGGGCAUUCUAGUCACAGCCGCUACCCAGGAACGGAUGGGAGGCGAGGCCAUCUGGAACCCGCCCACGCUUUUUGUUCGCCUCCUUGAACAGAACCCCACCGCUGGGACAAGGGCUGCUCUGUUCUUUUCCGGUCUAGCUCUCUGCAUAUCUCAGAUUGGAAGCAGCAUACCGGGGAAUGCACUUGCCGGGGGCAUUGACCUCUCGGCUGUGUUUCCACGGUACAUCAAUAUUCGCAGAGGGGCGUUCGUCGUCGCGAUUCUGAGUCCCAUUGUCAAUCCAUGGCGCCUAGUGAACACAGCGACCAUCUUCCUCACUGUUUUGUCAAGCUACGGUAUUUUCCUUGCACCCAUGACAGGUAUCAUGGCCUCCCAGUACCUCCUGGUUAGCAAGCAGAAGGUCAACGUGGAUGACUUGUACCGUGGUGAUUCUCGAGGUACAUAUUGGUAUACCAAGGGAGUAAACUGGCGUGCCCCCAUAUCCUGGGUUGCUGGCGUUAUACCACCCUUACCCGGGUUCAUUGCUGCAGUCAAUACAUCCGUGACAGUCACUGAUGGAGCCACAGAGCUUUACUAUCUGAACUAUCUGUUUGGUUUCCUUGUCAGUGGUCUUCUAUAUUGGGCCCUACAUCUCAUAUUUCCCGACCAGAAGUCCGAUGAGUUUGUGCGCAACAGCCCGAGUGCCAAGUCGCUCCAGCAGCUGUAUCACACCCGGUGGGACGUAACCCUGGCUGAGACUUGGGAUCUACUGAACGAACCGGCUGUGGUCGCUUUGACUGAAGGUGGUAAGGAGCCUAAUGUGACUGUGGGGGUCGCUAAAGGGUCUCAGAUUGCGUGA